UUUUGUACAUUUACAGUUGCCAAUACUAUUAUUGGUCUUUUUGUUCAGAAUAAUUAGAUGUUAGCCAUGGAACUUGAGAAUGGGUAUAGUGUAACUAUGAGACGAAAGUCGGGGUGCAGAGACCUCCAGCUGAUAAUACUAUCCAUGUUGAAAAUUCACCAAAGGAAGAUCAAUCUAAAAUCUGAGAUAAUAUCUGACUCUAUUCUUCUCACUUCUUCAAUAAAGACUAAUAGCCUUUCAGUGCUACCUACAUUUUGAUGCAAUGCUAAUUUGGCACUUACAAGUAAGCUCUUGAACAGUCAUUUACCUUCACACUUUUUAUGAUGAGUCAGCUUCGCUCAAAGUUUUAAAAUGAGAUCUUGCUCUGGAAUAGAUAUUAUACUAAAGGUUGGUUGCUAUUUGUGCCCAAUUCCACACUUCUCCCAAUGUCUCAAAAUGAGUACUAAAAGAAACCAUUGGGCCAUUUUUGGACUAAAUUUCUAAAAUUAUUAUUAAAACCUAGUUUUUACUAAAAUUAUAAUAUUUUUGGAGAUUCAUGAACCUGAAAAUACAAAAAAUUUGGUUGCUUCAUCUAAGAAGUAAGGAUAAUCUAAGUCUAUCGAAUUAGUCUGACCAAUAGUGAAUCACGAUUUCACACUAUUGUGGUCUUCCUUCCAAAUCACUUAGUAAAGCCUGUUGUAAUGUUAAAAUUUUGUACUAUCCUCCUUCGUAUUAAUUAUAU